AUGACAAAGCGACAUCGACACCAACAACACCAACAACUUCAACUUUAUCCUGAACAUAAAAUAUUUUCCCUCAUCAAUUCUUCAGAUGUCACUCGUUGUUGGGAAGAAAGAACAAUAACAAGAAGACGACGAAGAAGCCGAACCAUGGUUACAUUAAUUUCAUUAUUUCACGACUCUUCCUGCUUCCUUAAACAUCGAACAGCUUCAAAUGCCGAAACAACAACAAAAUGGGUGUGA